AUGAUAAAUCACACAGCAAUAACAACAUUCAUCUUACUGGGACUUACAGAUGACCCACAACUGCAAAUUCUGAUUUUUAUCUUUUUAUUCUUGACCUAUGUUCUGAGCAUAACUGGUAAUCUGACUAUUAUCAUUCUCACCCUGACGGAUUCCCAUCUUAAAACACCUAUGUAUUUUUUUCUCCGAAACUUCUCCUUCUUAGAAAUCUCAUUCACAACAGUCUGUGUUCCCAGAUUCCUCUACAGUAUAUCAACUCGGGAUAAUACCAUAACUUACAAUGCUUGUGCCAGUCAAAUAUUUUUUAUUGGCCUCUUUGGGGCCACGGAGUUUUUCCUCCUGGCCGCCAUGUCCUAUGAUCGUUAUGUGGCCAUCUGCAAACCCCUGCAUUACAUCACCGUCAUGAACCACAGAGUCUGUGCCACGCUCGUCUUCUGUUGCUGGAUCUCCGGGUUGGUGAUCAUCAUCACGCCUCUCGGCAUGGGCCUCCAGCUGGAGUUCUGCGACUCCAAUGUCAUUGAUCAUUUUGGCUGUGACGCAUCUCCUCUUUUUAAGAUCUCGUGCUCAGAUACGUGGUUUCUAGAGCAGACUGUUAUUAUUUGUGCCGUGUUUACUUUCAUCAUCACACUGAUAGGUGUGAGUCUUUCCUACAUCAAUAUUGUUAGGACAAUUCUCAGAUUCCCUUCUGCUCAGCAAAGAAAGAAAGCUUUUUCCACCUGCUCCUCCCACAUGAUUGUGGUUUCCAUCACCUAUGGGAGCUGCAUCUUCAUCUACAUCAAGCCUUCAGCCAAAGAACAGGUGGACAUCAAUAAAGGGGUCUUUGUGCUCACUACAUCGGUUGCCCCUUUGUUAAAUCCAUUUAUUUAUACCUUGAGGAACAAGCAAGUGAAACAAGCUUUCAAUGACACAAUCAAAAAAAUUGCCUUUAUCUUACAUAAGUAA